AUGCUGGGCAAUCUAGUUCUUACUCGAGAGACAUCGUUCCCCAGAGCCGUUUACGAAGACGCUAGGCGUGAUGAGAUCAGGUUGUUUCAUUCACCUCUGAUUAUCGACGAUGAUGGAGACGAGGAGGUGUGUUUUGAGCCAGACGAUGACAUUGAAGAUGAACCAAACGACAGUAUGAACAACGAUGUGCUGUUGCUUCAGAAGCCAACAUCGUUGUCUCGAAGCGCUUCUCGUACACCCAGCCGAGAGGUCCUGGCAAUCAUCGAAAACCUAGAAAAGGCCCUGGACGAUGAGGUUGAAGCACUUUCGUCGGACAAGAAUCCCUGCGUUUCUCGUCUAUCCGGUUUGAAGGGAGUCAUGAACCGCAUCCAGAAGUAUUCUAAAGGAGCUAGUGGUGGCCUCGACAAGCAACCAGAACCAGACAAGGCUUUAGACAAAACGCUCACCACGGAGUCUGAGAACACAGAUGCGCCGCCGGUAGCACCAACAAUCGAAACAUCAACCGCGGGACCCAAAUCGGCAUGGACUUGUAUCUUUCGCAUGGGUCGCCGACGCAAGCGAAACAAGAAAAAGAAGAGACCAGCUGGAGAUCAAGUGAUGCUGAUACCCAACCAUUUCAAGGACAGUGAGUGGGGUCCAUCAGAUGAUCCAAGCCAAAGCAAGUCCAGUACAAAAGAUCUUCAAGGUACGCGCAAUCUGUCCAAGACGAAACAGCGCAAGAGACAUCACUUGCUACAGCGAUUGUUGCAGCGCCGCCGUCCCCUGAUCAACAUGAAUCAAACUAGUUAUGUUGCUGAUCAGUACCCCGAUCUCGAUCUGUAUCAAGAAAGGACCCGUAGCAUUUCAUUCUGGGACGAAGAAGAUGACCACAACGAUGACCGAGUCGAUGAAAAGGACAGCCAGGACUGCCCUCAACAGAACUUUCGCAAUGACGAAGAGUUGAUCGAUCGCUUGGUUAAAGUUAGCGACGAAAAUGCGAGCCUCGACGUGGAAGAGGGACUUUUUUGUCUCCAAGAACGCAUUCGUUCUCGAUCAUCCCAUAAUGCUCCCAAUACCCCCAUGUCGGCUCAAGACAGUCGAGCUCCCAUGUUCAGUGCUUCCUUCUUGGAAGCCCCAUCCCUCUUCAUUCCUUCCGUCUCCAACCAAUUCUCUGUCAUGUCUGGACAUGAGCGUGAUCCUUCCAUUGCCUCUCAUAAUGAGAGCAUUCCCAGUGUUUCCUCCCUUGAAGACUUUUUGUGUUCGGUGAAUGACAGUGAUCAGUCGGCUGCGUCACUGGAAGCUCUUUUGUUUGAACAGGAACUGGAAAAGUUGACAAGCGAAGAAUUGGCCCAGCUGCUGGAUUCGGAGCUUGAGAAGCUUCUGCUUGAAGGAAUUGCUUAG